AUGUCUUUGCCAUCCUACCGCAUGUUCCUCGAUACGCUAGAUGAGUUCAUUUUCGGUGGCUUUGUUAGGACUGCGACAUUCUCUGUUGCAGCACAGCUCGGCUUUUUCACCGACCAAGGCCUAAAUGUUACAUUUUCUCCGAUACCGAACUCGACUUUCGGUAUCGCCAAUCUUCUCGCAGGAGGCUACGAUAUGGCAGCAGUCACGGCCGACAAUAUCUAUAACGUCCGGUUCAACGAGAACCAAAGUGUCUCCAUCAUAGGACAGCUCGAUCAAGGAGCAGGCCUAGCGAUAGCUUCUAUUCCCAGUAUCGACAGCAUCGAGGACUUCAGAGGAAAGGCGCUCCUCGUCGAUUCGCCUGCCUCCGGCUACUCGUUCGCUCUUCGCAAGAUAUUAUCUCUAUUCGGCUUGGCGUUUGGUGUCGACUAUGCAUUCCAGACCGUGGGCGGAACGCCAACACGUUUCGCGGAUUUAUUGAAUGGCUCACUUGCUAACGGCUCCUCUACUUUCGGAACGGUCCUCACAUACCCGUUCACCGUCGAAGCCGUGAACCUUCCAACUCCACUGCCCAUCCUGGCGAAUAUAACUGAUUUCAUCAGUCCUCUUCUCGACGAGGUUUUCGUGGCCACCGAUGCCAAUAUUGAGUCCGCCACCGCUAAUACCACAAGCCCACUCAUUCGCGCCAUGGCUGCGCUUCUCUCAGCCAAUGCAUUCUUGGCUUCGAACGCCAAUUGUUCCAUAUCCGCGAUAGCAGCUGAUCUCAACAUGUCGCUUCCACUUGGCCAAGAACAAUACAUCACUGCUACCACUCCCGGCACUGGAGAGACGUCGAGCGAUAACUUCGAAGUGUCGAGGUUAGCGUUGUUAAAUGGUAUCGAUUUGCGGGCUCAGGUGGCGGAUGGGUUUGCAGGGGCGGGGCCGGACUUCGAUUUUGCGGAUGCCAUUAUUCCAGGCCCGGGGAAGAUUAUUGAUGACAGAGUGAGAGACGCAGCUCUGGAAAUCUUGAAGCCAGGGCCCUCUGUAUGCCCCUUGUAUUAA